AUGGCACUUUGUCCGCGAGUCACUACAUACCCUCCACUCGGCAAGGCAACAGUCCUCCCCAAUGCAUCCGAGGUCCAGAUCACUGUCAUCAUAGAGUGGGAAAGGGAUCGCCAGUAUCCAUUUGAGUUAGAGCUUCUAUACGCAGAAGCUGCAACUGCUGGACAUCCGACAUCAUGGAAGAAGCAACCUGUACCUUCGUCCGGCAGUCCAUCCAUUGUUUUGGAUCCGGACGGCACGUAUAAUACGGCUUCCUUCACCGGGUCGUUCCUCCUGAACGAGCUAUCUCCUGCAACGUCAGAGGACGGUUCCACGCACAUUGUCUUCACAGUGCAAUAUCGUCGAGACAAGUUCGAUGCCUGGAAGUAUGUGAAGGCCGCCCAGGGCAUCGAGACCGGCGAAUUCAUUGUCCCUGUCAUAUCCAGUCAAGAUCCAUCUAUCUCUGAGUCACUGUCUUUGGAAAACUCUUGGGAGGCAUGCGAACUUGACAUAGCUGGAGGGACCCAAGUCUGGCAAUUGACCUCGAGCGAGAAGAUUGCAAAGAGCCAGCAAGAUGAUACGGUGCUGGAGGAAAUAGUACUUGGACGCAUCAAUAGGCAGCUUCGCUUCAUGGCCAUCACUCGGAUCGAGCCGUUUUGGAUCGGCUGUGAACACGACCGCGAGCAUUUCUACAUUUCCAAUGACGGACUUCUCCUGUCUUUCCUGUCGACAACCGGCAAAUGCGUCACGCUGCUGGCGCUGAACGAGGCCGAUGACGUUUAUACAGUCUUCCGCUCCAGUUCCGACGGAUCCAUUAUAGUGGCCGGUCGGAACGAUGGGCUGGCUGAGCUGCCCUUGCAGGUACUGGUAGCAAUAAGUCCGGACAAGCAAGCAUCGAUCAGUGCUGUUUUGUCACAAGCACGGCAGAAAGUCUCGAAGAGGCCCAAGUUCCAGGCCUUCAUCGAGACCGCGCAUGCUCAGAGUCUUUCAAAGCCCGAAAUCUCAUUCUUUGACAACAUGGGUUACUGUACAUGGAAUGGACUUGGUCAAGACCUGACCCGUGCAAGGCUUCUCGACGGCCUCAAGACCCUGGCUGCGCAGGGGGUCAAGUUCAACACGCUGUUGAUUGAUGAUAACUGGCAAUCACUCGGAAAGACCGGGCUCGACUUCUCGGAACCUGGAUUUAGGGGCUGGUCGCGCUUUGAAGCCAAUGAGGAAGGUUUUCCUGGUGGACUUGGCUCCGUGAUCACAGAGAUCAAGAAACGAUAUCCAUGGAUUCAGUAUGUCGGCGUUUGGCAUGCGCUACUCGGGUAUUGGGGCGGCUUGUCUCACGAUACUGAGUUCACCUCGAAUUAUAAAACACGAAUGGUCCGAGCGAAGCUGCGUUUAAACACCCCGGGUGAUGUUCUUAUCAUCGAUCCCGACGAUAUUCAUCGAUUCUACGACGACUUCUACUCAUUUUUACGUUCAUCUGGCGUGGACUUCGUGAAGACGGACGUCCAGCAUAUGCUCGGCCAGCUGGUCGACCCCAAAGACCGCUCAGAAGUCCCAACAGCAUUCCAGUCAGCUUGGACGAGUGCUUACCUCAAGCACUUCGAGGGAAGGGCUAUUAGCUGCAUGUCUGAAAUCCCCCAGAUACUCGGCCAUUCUUUCCUGCAAGACAAGACACCCAAGAUCUUGCUACGAAACAGCGAUGACUUCUUCCCAGAGAUCCCCGGGAGCCAUCCUUUCCACUUAUUCGUAAACGCACACAACGCGCUGCUCACCCAGCAUCUUAAUUGCAUUCCAGAUUGGGACAUGUUCCAGACCAGUCACGCGUACAGCUCCUACCACGGCGCUGCAAGAGCGAUCUCUGGUGGACCUGUGUUAAUCACAGAUGAGCCUGGCAGUCACGAUGUCGCCCUCAUCGACGAGAUGGCUGCUCUGAGCCCCGCAGGCAGGCGUAUUGCGAUCCGGCCAGGCGUCGCUACCACGGUCGACAUGUGGGAUUCCUUCGCAGCCGGCCAGAUGCUUAGAAUUGGCGCCUCUACAGCAUCAGGCGCUGGCAUUCUGGGCCUGUUCAACAUUGCCGACGGUGUACGCGAAGCUCUGAUUCCUGUGCAUGACCUGUUUGCUGGCGCGGAGGCGCCAGGCGCAAUCCUGGUUAGAAGCUACAAGACAGGGCAGAUCUUUGCGCCGCAGACACCGCUUGAGAAGCUCGUCAAGGUGAAGUGUGCAACUAGGGGAUGGGAUGUACUCACCGGCUACCCUCUGACGAAGGUCGGCAGCAGAAAUGUGGCCAUUCUGGGACUUACGAACAAGAUAUCGGGCGCCGCGGCUGUGACACAACUCGAGGUCACUGACAAUGUCAUCAGCUUGUCGGUGAAAGCCUUGGGUAGGCUCAGCUGGUACCUGGAGGGCGAUCAGAGCGCUCCCGGGAAAAUCAUUGUUGACGGGAAGCAUGAGCUGAACAUCGACACUGUAAGUGCUGAGCCCGCUGGCAACAGCGGUACGUUGUACGCGGUCGACCUGGAAGAGCUUUGGCGGACGCGUGAUCUGUGGCGGGACGGGCUCGCAACAAUUGAGGUUCGCAUAAUACUGUGA